UCGGCUCACAAUAAGAGGCUGUAUUCCUCCUUCUUUCAGAUAGCAUGAGCAAAAAAUGUCCAAUUUUAAAGUACAGAUUCGAACCCGGAGCAGGUUUUCUCGGGAAGCAGCGUCCGCCCAGCUGUCAGAAGCGAGGCGUUUUAUCUGCAAAGUGUUUAACAAACAAGUCACAGCAAGUUCCUGAGCAAUCCUUGCUGUGCCCCCAAAGCGCUGGGAUUUAUGAAGUCGCGUCUCCCUUGGAACAGUUUUGCCGUUUGAGCAAACGCAGCGGUGGCAGAGGAGUUGUGGCUUUCCCUCAAGGAAACCAAUGACCGCAGGAUGCUCUGAGGCAGAGCAACCAAUUUGGAUGGUUCCCGAACCAAGAUGGCGGCUCUGUACGGAAGUGAGGUGAAAUGCGUCAGCGUCGAAUGGGACUUCCUGCAGGGCCUCUUGGUGAAGAAUCAACCGGUGCCCUGCCUUCAGGCCUUGCGGAAGGAGAAAUCUCGCAACGCGGCACGCUCCCGCCGGGGCAAGGAGAACUUCGAAUUCUACGAACUGGCCAAGAUGUUGCCGUUGCCCGGAGCCAUCACCAGCCAGUUGGACAAAGCCUCCAUCGUCCGCCUCACCAUCAGUUACCUCAAGAUGCGGGAUUUUGCCAACCAUGGAGACCCACCUUGGAGUUUGCGAGCGGAAGGCCCUUCCUCGGCUGGCAAAGCUUCGGGCCGGAGAAGCGUGAACCCACUCCUGACGGAGCUCUUUGAACAGCACCUGGGGGGCCACAUCCUGCAGUCCCUGGAUGGGUUUGUGUUUGUGCUGAACCAAGAGGGAAAAUUCCUUUACAUCUCUGAGACGGUGUCUAUUUACCUCGGGCUCUCGCAGGUAGAACUGACUGGAAGCAGCAUCUUCGAUUAUGUCCAUCCUGGGGACCACCUGGAAGUCGCUGAGCAGCUGGGUCUGAAGACGCCCUCUGACCCUUCGCGCCCAAAUCGCCACAAAACAUCCCAUGUGGCAGGUGCCAUUGCCGCCACUGCUUCUUCUGGGCUGUCUGAGGCCUCCGAAUCUGAUCCCAUUGACUCCCGCGCUGCAGAAGACAAUGCCUUGGAACGCUCCUUCUUCAUCCGCCUGAAAUCCACUCUGACCAAGAGAGGGCUUCAUGUCAAAACGUCUGGCUAUAAGGUGAUCCAUGUGACGGGGCGCCUCCGCGCUCGCCUGCCGUCCUUUUCCCACUCCCAUUCGGCACUGGGCCGCGUGAUGGGUCUGGUGGCGCUGGCCCACACCCUGCCUCCGUCCACCCUCAGCGAGGUGCGCAUUGAGUGCCACAUGUUUGUCUUCCGGGUCAACAUGGACCUGCAGAUCGUGUACUGUGAGAGCAGGAUCAGCGAUUAUAUGGACCUGUGUUCCUCGGAGCUGGUGGGCAAAAGCUGUUACCGGUUCAUCCAUGGCGAGGAUGUGGAAGGAAUCCGGCAAAGCCACCUGGACUUGUUGAACAAGGGGCAGGUGGUCACCCGGUAUUACCGCUGGCUGCAGAAGAACGGUGGCUUCGUGUGGGUCCAGUCCUGUGCCACCAUCUCGGUCAACGUCAAGAACCCAAGUGAGAAGAACAUGGUUUGGGUGAACUACAUCCUCAGCAAACCUGAAUAUAAGAACACUGUGCUGGAUGUCUUCCAACUGUCCGGAAUCCCUGCAAAGCAGACGGAUACGGCUGAAAUGGGGGCAGAUUUCAAAGAGAGCAGCCUUGCUAAGGAGAGUAGCCAAAGGAAGCUUUACUCCCCCAACAAACCUGGGUCCCUGGCAGAGGCCUAUCCUAGGGGUGCGAUGGAGGUUGGGGCCCAUUCCCACACGGUGGAGACCGAUUCCAGUGGUCCUGAAAUGAGCUACCGAGACGAAGAGGCUUCGGAAGAAGGGGGCAGCAGCGACGUAGAAGGGCCCCCCGGAAAGCGCAUCAAACUGGAGUUCCAGCCGGAGAGCCCACCAGGUGAGGCAAAGGAGGCCUCCUUGGCUAGCUCUGAGGAUUCGGACAGCGGCAGUGCAUCGGAGUUGGACCUCCUCCCACAGCCCAGGGGGACCCUAGUUAGGAAAGUCAACGGCUGCAAGGUUGGCGGACGGAGGACCCUAGGUGCCAGCCGCUCCUGCACAUCGGAGUUCACCUCGGUCAUCCAGACUCAGAAGAGUUUGGCUCCCAAAGCCAACCCAGCACUUAAUAUCAAGUCUGAGCAAGUCCCCGGAGUCAAGGGGGGCCUGUGGACCUGUCCGACUGCUCAGAAGGGCAGCCCUUACACUGUGAACAAAGCACUUAGCCUGGAGAAGCCUGCUAUGAGGCAUGGAUCUUCCCAUUUGUACGUCUCCAUCCCGGACUCGGUACUCACUCCUCCUGAGAUGGAGAGUGGUGCAGCUAAAGGGCCGUUUGGCAGUUCCCCCCGGCCCCUUCCGCCAGCCCCUUCCUCUGCGGACACUCUCUCGCCCCCACUCUCAGGCUCCCCCUGCGAAGAAAGGGUCACGUCGACGCCAUUCACCCCUCUAGUCUACCCGGCGGAGAUGGAGGCACUCCAGCGCUUCCACACGAACAACGUGGUGGUGCCGCUGGUCCACCAGCUUGGCAACCCACAUGCCAGCGCAACAGGCUCUCAGGGCCUAUAUACCACCAGCACGAUCCGGUAUGCCCCUGCCGACAUGACCCUCGCCAUGCAGAGCAACAUGCUGCCCCCCGCCCACCCACUCAGUCUCAUGGACAUCGGAAGCACCGAGGCCAAGACGUCCCGGGAACUCAUGUACCACCACUUGCAGCGGCUGAACAUGGUGGCACCCUUUGGGAACUCUGCAGGCCUGGCCCAGAUUUCAGGGGGAACAUUUGCUGCUACUGACUCCUUGUUUUCCACGCUGCCCUUCUCGGUGGCCGGCGGUGGGCUCCAUAGUGCAUCGGCUCUGGAACGCAAGGAGGACUGAGCACAGAGAAUGAAAUGUACUCAACUUCGUGUCUCUGCCAUGGCCAAACUCUGCACCAGGCAGAGCUGCCGAUAAAAGAUCUCGCACGAGCGUUUUGUAAGAUAGCUCGGUGCUGUGCCAAUGUGUUCCGCCAAGUGUUCUGAAAGCGGGGAGAAGAAAUCAUUUGUCCUCCAAGAAAUCCUUGUGUAUCUACCUUUUCUGUAGCUCUUUCCAAGCCUCUACAGGAAAGGGUAGAGUAACCGUCUUCUUGCUUCUGAUCCUUGCUUUGCAGGUCCCCAACCACCCAGCUGCUGUUGCUGCUGUUUGUUGUGAUGUGAGAUGUGGGGUGAGUUCAGGAGUUAGCCCAGUGUAAACAGAAAAUGGGAAUCGGUGCAACCUUUCUGGGAAAGAUGCAAAGCAGAGGAAAGUGGUUUCCCACACGGUUUGUUUGUCUGUCUGUCUAUCUGCUUGCUACUCCAGAUCCAUGUAUUCCUCUAUCACUGCCAUGGGGAACCGGCAACAGAGGGGUGGAUGGGGAGGAUUAUGUUCAGGCCUUGGGCAUUCCUGUGUUAUCCAAGCCACUGCCCAAAUAUAAUGUGUAGAUUUGCAAAGGAAAAGCAGGGCAGUGGUACCCUUAACUCUUCUUCUCUCAUGUGUUUACAUUGUGUAUCACAUUAGCACUUAAAUGUUUGCUUCUGUUCAGUCCACAUUGCACUGUCCCUUGGUAUAUGCCUGGGACUGGAUCCCAUGUUCAGCUAUAAGGUAUUGAAUGAUGGGAAAUGGGGUGAAUGUGUUAAGUGUGCGUGAACCUGCCCAAAUUCUACUUCCUUUCUGGCAACUUCUCUUUGCUGGAUUGGUACUUUCCCUCUUCUGAAAGCCAGGGAUUAGUAGCUUAUCCUUUUAUCUUUGGCACUUCAAUCAGUGAGGAGAGUGGUUCCUUACUGCCUCUCCUUGCAAUGCAAUGCACAUUGUUGCUGGGAGUGUUGGGGGUACCAGAUUACAAGUCCUUUGAGUGAAAUGUACAUGAGAGAAUAUGAGUGAGAGACUGCAUCCACACUACAGAAAUAAUCUGGUUUGACACUGCUUUAACUGCCCUGGCUCAGUG